GUGGAAGAAAGCAUGAAAGACGCCCCGAUUGCCAUCGUCGGCCUUUCGUACCGUGCCCCAGGCGUGGGACGCAAAGGCCUCUGGGAAUUCCUUGCUGAUGCAAAGUCCGCCUGGUCGAAGGUCCCUGCCGACCGCUUCGACCAAGAUGCAUAUUACCACCCGAACGGCGACAAAGCCGGUUGCGUCAUGUCUAAGGGAGGCCAUUUCUUACCGGACGAUGUUUUCGCCUUUGAUGCGCCCUUCUUCAAUUUACGCCCCGAGGAGGCUCGUGCGGUGGAUCCACAUCACCGUAUGAUGCUUGAAUGUGCCCUGGAGGCGGCCGAAAACGCUGGAUUGAGUCUUUUGGAUCUCGCUGGCGCCAACAUUGGUGUCUUUGCAGCCAUGGGAUCCCCCGAAUAUGGACAGCAGGGGUCUGAGGAUCUUCCUUCCACGACCACAUGGACUGCCACUGGGACUGCCCCCUGCAUGUUCGCCAAUCGCCUGUCCUAUUUCUUUGAUCUAUGUGGGCCCAGUAUCUCGCUCGAUGCUGCAUGCGCAAGCAGUUCUUAUGCCAUCCACAUAGCGUGCCAAAGCCUUCGAGCCGGUGAAUGCAAGGCCGCGUUUGUUGGGUCAUCGUCGCUACUUCUGGGCGCAGGCCAAUGGUCUUUGCUUGACAACAUGGGAGCUCUGUCUCCGGAAGGAAAGAGUUUCUCUUAUGAUGUGAAGGCCUCGGGGUUUGGUCGAGGCGAAGGUGGUGCUUGCCUGAUUUUGAAGCCCCUAGACGAGGCGAUUAAGGAUGGGGACCCAGUUCAGGCCGUGAUUCGUAAUUCUGCCUGCAACCAUGCUGGUCGUUCAGAAGGAAUUACAAUGCCAAGGCGAUCUACUCAAGAGAGGUUGCUUCGUAAGGUGCAUGAAGAGAUUGGUCUGGAUCCUUCUGACACACCUGUUGUUGAGGGUCAUGGAACUGGCACAAAGGCUGGUGACCCAAUCGAGGCUGGGUCCUUUGCGACAGUUCUCGGGAGCAAACGAACGCCGUUAGAUCCAUUGUAUAUUGGAUCGCUCAAGUCCAACUUUGGGCAUUUGGAAGGCGCCAGUGGAAUCCUCGGUGUGGUCAAGGCAAUACUCAUGAUCCAGCAUGGACGCGUCUUACCGCAGGCAAAUUUCGAGAAGAUGAAUCCGAAUAUUGACGGAAGAGAAAAGCUCGAGGUUUGCCUUCCUUUGGGAAACGGAAUAAACAAGCGAGGGAUUGACAUGCAGCCCAGGUGGCACGAACGGCAAUUCCCUGGCCCGCAAACGCGCCCAAGCGGGUCUAACUCAGAAUCCCAAGGAUUUGGUGGCAGCAACGCUGUUGUUAUUCUUGAAGAAGCCCCUACUGCCUCGCACUUGUCGAAUGGCCAUGCAAAUGCAACCGCAAAAGCCAACGGUGUCAAAUGUACUAAUGGCGUUCAAGUGAAUGGUUUCCAAGCCAAUUGUACAGACCUCAGUGACACCCCAGCAAGUAAUGGGCUUGUGCAUGGUGCCCUUGACCAUGACUCGGGGCGGCAGCUGUUUGUCCUCUCAGCCAAGUCUGAGGGCAGCCUCAUGUCAUACAUAGAUUCCUUUAGAGAGUAUCUCGAAGAUUUGCCUGAUUAUGAUGGUAUUGCAAGGGAUCUCAGUUUCACACUGGGGCAGCGGCGCACACACCACCCCUACAGAGUCACAGCAGUGGCAGAUUCGAUGGACACUCUGAAAUCCAAACUGCUCACUAGCAAAGUCCACAAGGUCAAAGAGCGCAUCAUUGCCUUUGCAUUUACUGGCCAAGGAGCUCAGCACGCUCAGAUGGCCUCCGGGCUAGAACGUUAUCGGGAAUUCGCUGCCGCCAUUGACCAGGCCGAAUUGCAUCUGCGAGAAAUGGGCGCACCUUGGUCCUUAAAAGAGGAGCUUGGUAGACCGGAUCCCGAAUCGAGUAUCAAUGAUGCUGAGCUCAGCCAGCCUGCAUGUACCGCUGUCCAGCUGGCCCUGGUGGUCUUGCUCCGGUCUUGGGGUGUCAUACCUGCUACGGUGUUCGGACACUCGAGUGGAGAGAUAGCCGCUGCAUUCGCCGCUGGCUUGAUCUCCUUCAAAGCGGCAAUAGCGAUUGCAUUCUUUCGAGGUCAAGCAGCGGCUCAAUUGGUUCAGAAAAACAGUCAAAAGGGAACAAUGCUAGCCCUUGGUAUCAGCUGCGAGGCGGCAUCGACCCUUCUCGAACAGAACACGAAUGGAUACGCGACAGUGGCCGCUAUAAAUAGCCCUUCAAGCGUAACUGUUUCCGGUGAUGAGCCGGCAAUUGAAAAUAUACAGCGGAUUGCCGAGGGCCAAGGCCUAUUCGCUCGCAGACUUAAGGUUGGAGUGGCAUAUCAUUCGCGACACAUGGAGGAGAUUGCCGCUUCUUACCUGAAUUCGAUCAAGCCUUUCUGCAAUGUUGGGUCGGAAGACUAUCAUGCAAGGUUUGUGUCUUCUGUCACCGGCAGCAUCGUCAACACAGGAGGUUUGGAUGCAUCAUACUGGGUCAUAAACCUCCUCCAGCCUGUUAGGUUUGUGGAUGCUAUUGAGAAUGUCUUUUUAUCUCAGAAUGAGAAGGCACCUACAGGCCAGCAGGCCAUCAAGUUGCCAAAUGUCAUUGUGGAAGUUGGACCGCAUGGUGCUCUCAAGAACCCAAUCAAGCAGACACUUGAAGAGCUCCGUGAACGAACCGACCAGCGUCAGACACAGAUCACGUAUCUCCCAUCCUUGAUGCGCGGAACAAGCAGCGAGGAAACACUUCUCACUCUUGCGGGAAGUCUAUUCACACUGGGGUCUUCAAUUCAAUUUGCAGCAAUCAAUCAGACGAACCAACACAACGCACAUGUUUUGACUGAUCUUCCGCCAUACACUUGGGACAAGUCCUCGCGUUAUACGUUCAAAUCGCGCAUUGCUCAGCAAAAGAUUCAUCCUGGUCAGCCCUACGAUAGUCUCAUUGGAUGGAAGAGUCCCUAUACGGAGGGCGGCGAACACGCAUUCAGACAGGUAUUCACCUUGGAUGAAAUGCCAUGGAUCCGAGAUCAUCAUGUAUCUGGAACUGCCAUGUUCCCGAUGACAGGCUACCUCUCAAUGGCUAUAGAAGCCGUGAGGAGAGUCAGUCCUACAAAGCCUUCCAGUAUUCUUGUGUGGGAGUUCCACGCCAAGCGAAGCCUGGGGAUUGAAGAGGACGAGCGGGUGGAUAUCACAACAAAGCUCAGGCCCGCGGUGACGGGAACCGAGAACUUUUCAUCCACGGCUUGGUUCUUCGAGAUUCUGACUUGGUCUGAGGAACACGGGUGGACUUUGCAUUGCCAUGGUAUAAUCGAGCCCGAAAUGGCUGAAAUGACUCUGGAAAGCCCGACCAUCAAGGGAUCUCUGCCAUUCACUGCACAUGUGAACAUGAUAGAGCGCGAUCCUAAGCACGAAUAUGACGCUGCGCAAGAGUGUGGUGGAACGCGUUACGGUCCCACUUUCAAGACCAUGGUCAAAAUCUGGGAGGGGCCUGGCUGCACUGUGAUGGAAAGCGAGUUGCGAGACCUUGAUCUAUCGAUGCCGAGCCGGUACGGGUCUCUAGCAUCUGUCGACCCACCAACACUUGACAGCUUUCUCCAGGGCCCCGGGCCUCUUCAGGAAGUUGCAGGGAAGAGCGCGCUGGUGCCGAACUAUGUCAGUCGGCUUCGAAUCUCCAACAACAUACCGACGUGUGCGGCGCAGCGGUUUACCAUUGUCACUCGUCUCCUUGACUACGAUACCAAAGCUGGAAGACUGCGUAUCAGUGUAGCCGUCUUUACCCAGUCCUCCGACUCCUUCACGCCCGUUGCCGAAUGGGAGUGCGUCACUUUUCGAAUAAUUGGGUCUUUAGACGAUGGGAAUCUAACCUCGAACCUGCCCGCCAGCUACUAUUGGGACUUGAUCCCUUGCUUAGAUUUUAUUGAUAACGAUGAACUAGCAAGAAUCCUGGAAGUCAAGCCGUUUGAUCCACAUCAGCCCCCGUUUAGGCGCCAGAUGAAUCGCGUCGCUGUCUACUACGUGGAGCGAGCACUCAAAGAGACUGCCAAUGAUGACAUAUCGCAGUGGCCGAUUCAUCUCUCUAGAUUUUUCAAAUGGGCUGAAAAGAUGGUUCUUCGAGAGGAGCAUGUUUCCGACAACGAGGCGUUAUCUCUCUUGGCUGAAGUGUCAAACAGUGGUGCUCGGGGCAAAAUGCUCUGUGCUGUGGGUGAACAGCUUUCUUCGAUUCUGCGCAGCGAGGUUCAACCACUGGAGAUCAUGCUCAAGGACAACAUGCUGUCCGGCCACUAUGAGGCAGACAUAGCUAAUGCGCAGUGCAGUCAGGUGCUGGCAAGAUGCGUCAGGCAUCUCUCCGAUGUUAACCCUGACCUGCGUAUUCUGGAAAUCGGGGCCGGCACGGGCAGUGCCACCCUGACGGUGUUGCAGGAGCUGUCGCGCGGCACAGAGAAAUUGCCUGCCUUUUCUAGCUAUACAUUCACUGACAUCUCACCUGGUUUCUUUGAAAACGCCCGCGAGAAGCUGGCCCAGUGGUCGGAUCGCAUUACGUUCACAAAACUUGACAUCAGCCAGGAUCCUGUACAACAAGGCUUUGCCAUCGAGGACUAUGAUCUGGUCAUUGCUUCAAAUGUUCUGCAUGCGACUCCCAAUAUGGCCUCCACGAUCGACCAUGUGCGGUCCUUGAUGAAACCCAAUGGCAAGCUUUUGGCGCUAGAGGCCGUUUGCCAUCCACCUCUUGGACUGCCUUUCAUGGUACUUCCUGGUUGGUGGCUUUCAGAAGAUAAGUAUCGCUCUCACGGGGAAGGGUGUCUCAUGUCAGAAGAUGUAUGGCACCGUCUACUCAUUGAUCGGGGGUUUUCUGGAGUAGAUGCCGCAAUUGGAGACUACCCCGACGAUUCGGAGCACAUGCUCAGUGUGAUGUGCACAACACGGGUUGGCAUCCAGGAGGAUGGUCCCAGCACAGCACCAAUAACAAUCUGCGGGCCACUCAUGGACAGUGAAGAAGAAAACUUUGCCCAGAUGGUUGCAGACCAUGUGGCUGACCGUUUGGGCUGUUCCACAUCAGUGAAGCCCUUUGUCGAGAUCGAUGUCGAGGAUGAUUCGUUUUGCAUAUUCAUUGACUCACCUCGCCACAGCGUGUUAAGUAAUGUCUCUGAAGAAUCUUUUGAAGCUUUCAAAACAAUUUUGCUCGAAACAUCGGGCUUGCUGUGGGUUGUUCCAGAGAACCACCCCCCAGAAGCGCAGUCAAUGAAAGGCAUGCUGCGCACGUUGCGCCUCGAGGAUACCUCGAAAAACAUGCUUUUGCUAGAGAGCGCUCCUUGCACGUCUGAAGGUGCGACAGCAGUUACCAAGAUCGCCGAAAGAUUGCGGGAUCCGGAGGUCGCGCGCGGUGUGGACCAGGACUUCGUCUGGGACAAGGGCAUGAUCCACCUCCCACGCUUCAGACCAUUAAUCGAAGCCAAGGAAGUAUUUGCCUCUGAAGCAGGUGUUCCUCUCCAAAAGAUUCAAAAUAUUUGGAAAGAUAAUGCCGCUCUCGAGUUGACAGUUUCUGCUGCGGGCAGCCCUGACUCGAUAUACUUCCGCAGAACCAAGAUCCUGGAGGAGUCUCUAGGCGAUGAGGAAGUCCUCAUUCGGGUUGAGGCUGCAGGAAUGAAUUUCCGUGACUUGCUGCUUAUUCUUGGCUCCAUUCCCUGGGGUCCUCCUGGCUUUGAGGGUGCCGGCGUCAUUGUCAGGACAGGCUCUCGUGUCACAGAUUUGAAGUCAGGAGAUCGUGUCUUUUUUGGUGCCCUAGGAGGGGGUAGCUAUUCAACCUUUGUCCGGAAGCACUCUCUGGAUAUCUGCAAGAUCCCGGAUGAUAUCAGCACGGCGGAUGCUGCGAGCAUUUCUGUCGCGUAUUCUACCGCUGUCAUGACCCUGCUGCGCAUCGCCCGACUCAGAAAAGGGGAAAGUGUCCUCAUCCAUGCUGCAUCCGGCGCUUCCGAUAAAAGGGAGUUUCUGCAAGAGUCAUUCAGCAUUCCCAAGGAGCACAUCUUUUCCAGCCGCACGCCGGAAUUUCGAGACGGCAUUCUGUGCGCUACCGAUGGAAAGGGAGUUGAUGUGAUUGUGAACUCUCUGGCAGGCAACCUUCUGCAAGAGACUUGGGGUUUGAUCGCAGAAUUCGGCCGAUUCGUGGAGAUCGGUAAACGAGAUCUUCUUAAUAACAGCCACUUGGGAAUGAGACCCUUUGACCGCAACGUGGCUUUCACCGGCGUCGACCUACGUGCAUAUUUUGAAAAACGACCAGAAGAGAUGAGAGAGUGUUUGUCGGAUGUUGUUGAUCUGAUGCGACGCCAGGUCAUUGUACCCAUUCGUCCGGUCACAAUAUUGCCUGUCUCUCAGAUUGCAACCGGUCUUCGCAAGCUCCAGUCUGGUCAGAAUGUGGGCAAAAUUGUUGUCACCAUGGACCCUGACGAGUAUGUUUUGGCCGAAUGCCCACCGCCGCCGGGGAUACCGUCUGGCCAGCUACUGCGUCCGGAUGCAACUUACGUGAUUACCGGUGGUACUGGUGGCAUUGGCCUUUCUCUGGGACCCUGGAUGGUCGAGAAUGGAGCACUAAAUGUUGUGUUGCUUGGUCGAAGCGGUUCCUCUCGUCCGGAAGUUCAGAAGGUUCUGCAGGAAUAUGAGGGCACCGAUGUUUGCAUGAGAGCCAUUGCGUGCGAUGUUGGCUCACACGAAGACCUCCUCAAUGCUGUACAAUCGAUUCGGGACCUUCCACCGGUUAAAGGUGUCGUACAUGGUGCCCUUUAUCUCCGCGAUACCUUCUUGGUAAAUGCGACACAUGAGCAUUGGCAAGAUAUCACUACACCCCGAGUUCGGGGCGCAUGGAACUUGCACGAAUUAUUGCCGGACCUUGACUUCUUUGUCUCUCUGUCCUCCUUCCUUGGAGCCGUUGGCAAUGUUGGACAGUCAAUCUAUGCUGGCACAGCAAACUUCUUCGACGCCUUCACCAAAUAUCGACACGACCUCGGACUGCCUGCAGUUUCAAUUGCAUUGCCAGUGGUUCUCGACGUCGGCUAUGUAGCCGAACACGACUUGACAGAAAAGUUGAAAAACUCGCUGGGUGCCACAAUCACCGCACCGCAUCUGCGCACCCUUGUCAAAGGCGCCAUUGUUGGACCCACAUCGGGACUCAACCGCGACGGCAAAUCCUUCUCAUUUAGCUUCGACUCGGGUGACGACAGAUCCCUUUUGCCUUGGCAAUGCUUCCACCCGCGGUCGCUCGUGCAUCGCAUCAAUGCAGAGAACCGGAACCUCAAAACCAAUGGGGCUGGGCAAGGCCGCGAUGCACGUUCGACUGGAUGGAGAUACUCUAGUGGCGGGGAUCCUCUCUUGAGCCUUUUGGACGCUUUGAUUACCAAGGUUUCGUCGAUCACGAUGAUAGACCGCGAUGAGGUGGAGCCGGAUGCGCCGCUGUCUACGUAUAGUCUGGAUUCUCUAGUAUCUGUGGAGCUGCGGAACUGGAUUCGCAGAGAGACAGGUGUUGAGCUAUCUUUGAACAAGAUUGUCAGUGCCGAUAACCUCCGAGCUCUGGCAACGCAUAUACUGUCCCAGAGGGACAUGAAACCUGCGACUCGUUAUGGGUCUCUGCCUCAGGCUGUUAUCGAUAAGCAUCCAAAUUUCCGAGCUGCGAAUCCGCCAUUGCAAUCCUGCUAUUCCAAAGUCACGAGCUUGGAAGAAAUCCCCAGAAAAGGAAGGAAAAUGGACAACGGGGAUCCAUUGCUCAGCGAGCUCUGCACAAUCUGUCACGUCAACCCCCCGAAAUACCGCUGCCCGCGCUGCUCAACCCGGACAUGCUCCCUGCCCUGCACACGACGCCACAAACUCUGGUCGCAAUGCUCGGGCGUGCGCGAUCCCGCCGCGUACCUGCGGCGCAACGAGCUCGCCUCGGAGUCGGCGUUUGAUCGCGACUUCAACUUCAUUACAGGGAUUGAGCGCUCGCUCGAGCGUGCGGAUCGGGAUUCGGAGAAUCGUGGGAUUGAGCUUGCGCGUGGCUCUACCCUCGAUACGGCCGAGGGCGAGGGUGCGAGCCCCGGUGCGGACAGUGGUGUGCAAGGGUCGUCAGUAGUUGCUGGGCGCAAGAGGAAACAUCCGCAUCAGGGUCUUGUCAAGGGUGAGGCUGGGUUCUUGCGGGGUGCGGAGGCUGGUGGGGUGCGUGUUGUGCGUGCGCCUAGGGGGAUGUCGAGGAAUAAGAUGAAUCAUUCGCGGUGGCAUCCGAAACACAAGUGUUUGAGCUGGACUGUGGAAUGGAUCUCCGCGGACGGAGUGAAAACACCGCGCAAUACCCUCGAAACCUGCCCCGUUGCCGAGGCCUACGAUCGUGCUUUUCCACCCCCGAGGCAGAGCAAGUCAGCGUCCGAUCCGGAAAAGGAGGAGAAAGUCGACUCCGAACAAAGCGAGUCUGUCAGCCAAAGUCAUAAACAAACACCCGUUCCCGAUACUCCUGCGCCAUCCACAACAACCGAGAAGCCCACCGAGACCAAUCCACCGCAGACGUCUGGCUCAGAAGCUGCACUGGCUACAGAAGAAGAAAAACCUGUCGACUCAACCAUCAAACCCCACCGAGACCACUACUUCUAUCUCCAUCGUCCCCGAACAAUGUCCAAAAAGCUCGUUCUGGUCCCUCUUCCGCCUUUAGAAAGUGUGGUUGCUGUCCUGCGCAACCGCACUGUCCUUGAGUUCCCAACAAUAUACGUUCUCCCCGAGUCUCCACAAACUUUACUUGCCGAGAAAGAUACGUCCCGGUUUGUGUUGGAGGAAGAGUAUCUACGCACCGCUGGGCCGGAGGAAACGAGUGCAGACACCGUCGAGGCUGCGCAGGAAUCUACAGGGCCAGACAACGAUGACACAGCGCCUGAUCAAUCUGUUUAUUUGCAGAACGUCGAUGAAAAUAAGGUCAUGGAGGUCCUGAAGCAGGACCUGUUCGAACCGAUUCCGGAGACAGAGCCGACAUCAUGA